UGAUUAUUCUGAGCACGUUUUGGCUUCAACAUGCAAGCCAGGUUGAUGUGGAUUCUGGUCACUCGUUCACACUCUGCAGUGUCACUGAUCACAUCAUAUGUUCUUGCAGUCGAAACACGCUACAGACUGCAAUGUAACAGCGGGGCUGAGGGGAGAAGAGCUCCGGGACAGACCUGAUUGAACUUUUCCAUGUGGUUGGUUUUGUCGUAAGCUACUUACGGACAUGAAGCAAAGCAGAAGAGGGGCAAGAGCCAAGGGGGAAGAGCCAUCGGGCUUAGAAGCUCACAUAUUAGUGGAAGAAGUGCUACAGGCAGAGCUAGGGUGGCUCAACAUUCCAAGCAUGAAACAGCUGAGAAUGUGAGAGCGGCAGAUGGGCGAAAGUGAAGCUGGAAGACAAGCAAAGCUGACUGAGUCCAGCCUCCUCGAGAACCGUCCAGAUGCAACUUCCUGGCAAGACCGAUUGACGAAGAAUCAGCCCAGUCUGCGAAGACACUAUGAGAUAUUUUGCCACCCGUCAUAGGAAUUUCUUCAUAUCACUUCUUGACGAUCGCAGGCUAUCCAACGAAGAUCUAUCGUGUCCAGAAAGUGGCCACCAAUUGGCAAUUAAUGACUCCUGCAAAAUGGUCGGCCUUUUGAGAGAUUCUUUCGAUCCUCGCGAUCACUAUUACGUGCCCAGCCCUGAUGUCCAACCUCCCGCAAAAGUAAACUUGCGUCAAGACCACGAACAAUUGAUAUCCGAAAUCUACGAUCAACUGAAGACGAGCUCCUGUACAGCCAACGCAACUGCGGCAGCGUUCUGGUACGAAGAGAAAGCCGGACGACGCGAGGUAACCUGGUCUGAUGCCGGUCCGUCACGUCUCUUCAUAUAUUGGCUUGCUCGAGGCGCAUAUGAAGACCCAUAUCUUAACAUAUAUUGGCCCAGCGACUCGGGAUCAUGUCCACGGGAUGCGAUGAUGGGGAUUGCGAAAUGUGGUGUGUGCGAUGAGAAGGACUGGCCAUUCGAUGCCAAUAAUAUCAACACCAGACCAUCGGACGAGAUCUUCGCGAAGGCGAAACCACACAAGAUCAACGCAUAUUAUCGCCUUGAUCCCCAGAGACCCGAUCAUGACGACAAGAAGCUCAGCACGGAGGACAAAGACAAAAUUGGAGCUGCUGUACUUGACAAUCUCAAGCAUUGCCUGACCGAGGGGUACCCAGUCGUCUUCGGUUUCUUCUACUACCUGCCAGCCCACGACUCCUACGACGAAACUCAAACACCAUUUGUGCUGAAAGACGUAUGGUCCUUAAAAGACAAACCGUUCCCGCGGCAUACUCAUACCCAAGAUUUGCCAACAGAACUUCGAAUCAAGAACAAGGCUGGGAAUCCAGUUUCACCUGGUCAUACUGUGCUGGCUAUUGGCUACGAUGAUGAGAAACAAGCGGUGCUGAUACAGAACUCUCUUGGAUCUACGUGGGGUGGUAAUGGUACUUUCUGGAUGCCGUACUCUUGGAUCACAGAUUGUGGCGCUACGAAUGACUUCUGGACCAUUCGCGUGACAACGGCACCAGAGGAUGCUCCGCCUCCGAAGUGGCAGGACGUUCAUCAAGAGAUCUUGGGGAAAUAGUUGCAUUUGUAUGUUGCUAUUCCUUCCCUGAAGCAGUCAAGAUGCGAGGGCGGUGGUGGAGGAUUGUGGUUUUUGUUUCCUUUGUUUACUUUCUCCUUUUUUCUCUUCGCUUAGUCCAAGCUCCACUAGCGCAGAAAUAAUCUCUAUGUAGCGGAGCACCCAGAGUCUCGAAUUCAUUGCGGAC